AUGAGUUCCUCCGACCACGAGAAGUCGCAGAAAUUUGACGACGUCGAGGCCGCGCCGUGGCGCGUGUCCGACGUCGACUCGGGCGAGGUCGUCAACGGCAACGUCGACGGCCUGCACCGCAAGCUGGCCAACCGCCAGAUCCAGCUCAUCGCCAUCGGUGGCUCCAUCGGCACCGCCCUCUUCGUCAGCAUCGGCUCCGGCCUGUACCGGGGCGGGCCCGGCUCCCUCUUCAUCGCGUACCUCCUCUACAGCUGCAGUCUCGGCCUCGUGAACAACUGCAUGGCCGAGAUGGCCACCCUGCACCCCGUCUCCGGUGGUUUCAUCCGCAUGGCGGGCAAGUGGGUCGACGAGGCCCUCGGCUUCGCUGUCGGCUGGAACUUCUUCCUCUACGAGGCCCUGCUCAUCCCGUUUGAGAUUACCGCCCUAAACCUCGUCCUGGGAUUCUGGCGAGAUGAUAUUCCUGCCGCGGCCGUCAUCUCGGUCUGCAUCGUCCUCUAUGCUCUCAUCAACAUCGUUGCAGUCGGAGGAUACGGAGAGGCCGAGUUCUGGCUCUCCGGCGGCAAGGUGAUCCUCAUCUUCAUGCUCUUCUCCUUCACGCUUGUGACCAUGUGUGGCGGCAACCCUCAACACGAUGCAUAUGGCUUCCGCUAUUGGAGCGAUCCUGGCUCCUUCAAGGAGUGGCACACGACAGGCAACCUGGGCCGCUUCGAGGGCUUCCUCGCCGCCCUCUGGUCAGCCUCCUUCACCGUCGUCGGCCCCGAGUAUAUUGCCAUGGUGGCCGCUGAGGCCAAGCGACCCAGGACGUACAUCAAGACCGCGUUUAGGACUGUCUACUGGCGCUUCGGCAUCUUCUUUAUCCUCGGCGCCUUGUGUGUCGGCAUCGUCAUCCCCUACAACGACCCGACCCUGACGGGCAUCGAGGAGGGUGCGAACGAGGCUGCUGGUGCCGCUGCGUCUCCAUAUGUCAUUGCCAUGAACAACUUGGGCGUCACAGUCCUGCCCCACAUCACAAACGCGCUGAUGAUCACCUCCAUCUUCUCGGCCGGAAACACGUACACAUAUGCCGCCGUGCGCAACCUGUACGGCAUGUCGCUUGAGGGCCGGGCGCCGCGCUUCUUCCGCAAGAUGACCAACAAGGGCGUGCCCAUCUACUGCUUCAUCUUCGUCAUGUGCUUCCCGUUCCUGGCCUUCCUGCAGCUCUCGUCCGGGUCCAACGUCGUGCUGACCUGGCUCGUCAACCUGAUCACGGCCGGCGGCAUCAUCGACUACAUCGUCAUGUGCCUCACCUACGUCUUCUUCUACCGCGCCUGCGUCGCCCAGGGCGUCGACCGCAAGUCCUUCCCCUACUACGGCUACCUCCAGCCCUACGGCGCCUACAUCGCCCUGGUGUUCGAGACCGCCGUGGUCAUCUUCUACGGCUACAGCAGCUUCACGCCCUGGAGCGUCUCCACCUUCUUCACCUACUACACCAUGGUGAUCCUCGCGCCCAUCCUGUUCAUCGGCUGGAAGCUGUGGCACAAGACCAAGUUCGUCAGCCCGUACGAGGCCGACCUGGUCUGGGAGAGGCCCAUCACCGACGCCUACGAGGCCAAGUUCAAGAACCCGCCGCUGGGCUUCUGGACCGAGAUGGGCCAGAUGGUUGGUUUCAGGAGGCAUCUCAAGGAUGAGUAG